AUUAAUUUUUCGGACAUAAUCAAUCUUCAUCGAUUAGUUCGCUCCGUCCCCCACACUGUCUCUCACCGCGAAAAAUGUCGUCCGGUUUAAUCGGAAGAUUAGUCAGAACCAAACCGUCGCGAUUAACCACCGCAGCAAGGUUGAUCCCGUCGCGAUGCACAGCCUCCGUAACCGAACCGGAACCAAAAGCGUCCUCUGGCGGCGGAAAACCAUCGAACUUCAAAACUUUCCAGAUCUACCGAUGGAACCCCGACAACCCUAGCAAGCCUGAGCUCCAAGACUACAAGAUCGACCUCAAAGACUGCGGCCCCAUGGUUCUCGACGCCUUGAUCAAAAUCAAGAACGAGAUGGAUCCGUCUCUCACCUUCCGCCGCUCGUGCCGAGAAGGGAUCUGCGGCUCGUGCGCGAUGAACAUCGACGGAUGCAACGGGCUCGCGUGUCUGACGAAGAUCGAGGAGGGAGCCAAGGAGACGACGAUCACUCCCUUGCCUCACAUGUUCGUGAUCAAGGAUCUGGUGGUGGACAUGACUAACUUUUAUAAUCAGUACAAGAGUAUUGAGCCGUGGCUGAAGAGGAAGAACCCGCCGUCUGAGCCUGGGAAGGAGAUUCUGCAGAGUAAGAAGGAUAGGGCUAAGCUUGAUGGGAUGUAUGAGUGUAUUCUCUGCGCUUGUUGUAGCACGUCUUGUCCUAGUUACUGGUGGAACCCUGAGUCUUACCUUGGCCCUGCCGCUUUGCUACACGCCAACAGGUGGAUAAGCGACAGUCGUGAUGAGUACACUAAGGAAAGACUUGAGGCUAUUGACGAUGAGUUCAAGCUUUACCGUUGUCAUACGAUCUUGAACUGUGCUCGUGCUUGUCCUAAGGGUUUGAACCCGGGCAAACAGAUCGCGCACAUCAAGCAACUUCAGCGUUGAACUAUUGUUGUGCGGUCACAGUUAAUGUUUGAAGCUAAUAAAUCUUCACGAAGUUUGAUUCAUUAUUGUAUUGUUUGUUGCCGAAUAUUAGCACCUGUGAAAGAAACUCUUUUGGCAAGUUUUCCAAAGUAGAUGAGCUUUGUGGUUGUAUCUUGCUGAAAAAUCUCUCUUUUAAGUAAUAAAACUGAAGAACAACUUAAGUUCUCAUCUACUU